AUGGCAGAGUGGCAAGGGGCUGCCGAGACAGGACUGGACGAGAGGGACGCCUGCCUUCCCCCUGCCUCCGAGAGGGAAAUCGUGCGUGACAUCAAGGAGAAGCUCUGCUACGUGGCCCUUGACUUUGAGAACGAGAUGGCCACGGCCGCCUCCUCCUCCUCGCUGGAGAAGAGCUACGAGCUCCCUGACGGGCAGGUCAUCACCAUCGGGAACGAGCGUUUCCGCUGUCCCGAGACCCUCUUCCAACCCUCCUUCAUUGGCAUGGAGUCAGCCGGCAUCCAUGAGACGACCUACAACUCCAUCAUGAAGUGCGACAUCGACAUCCGCAAGGACCUCUACGCCAACAACGUGUUGUCCGGCGGCACCACCAUGUACCCUGGCAUCGCCGACCGCAUGCAGAAGGAAAUCACGGCGCUGGCUCCCAGCACCAUGAAGAUCAAAGCGGCCGUGGGCUCCACCAACCUUCUCCAGAUGAUGUACCGGGAGCCAGCCCGGUGGUCCUACACCUUCCAGACCUUCUCCUGCAUCAGCCGGCUGAAGGCGAUGCUGGAGCCCCCGCCCGAGCGGCUCACCGGGACCCCCCAACCGGUGCGGGUCUUCGAGCGCUCCGUCUACAGCGACAGGUACGUCUUUGCCAAGAACCUCUUUGAGGCCGGGCACCUGCAGCCGCUGGAGUGGGCCAUUUACCAGGACUGGCACGGCUUCCUCCUCCGGCAGCUGGGGCCCCGCGCCGCCCUCCACGGCCUCCUCCACCUCCGGGCGACGCCCCCGGCGCUGAGCGAGGAGAUCAAGAGCAUGCACGGACUGCGCAUCUUCACCUCCACCCCCAAACCCUGA